AUGGAAGGGGAGGUGCCUGCGAGUAGUUUUGGCGGAGGGGGUCCCGGGCCAAUACUGGGACAGCAGGGCUCCCCAGGGCUGGACGGUUCGGCCCAACGACCGUCUGUCCAGAAUGAGGCUGGGGCGCUAUCCCAGCAUGCCCUGCAGCAGGCCCAGGAGACCGCGGGGAGCCCGGCGGAGCCACAGAGUGGCCAGGGGGCCGAGGAGGACAAGGGGGGAGACUCAGGGGGGGAGAGCACGAAGACCGAACCACCCCUUCCCCCUUCCAGUCCUCCACCCCUCCCUCCAUCAUCACCCACAUCACCCCUACAAAGUCAGGUCUCCCAGAACUCCCAGUCCAUUGCAGACAACAAACCAGUAACAGUGGCCAGCACCAACUGCAGCAGCCCAGUGUUUUUGGGGGUCCCCUCUCCUGUGGCAGCCACCCCCCCCUCUUCCUCAGUCUGUACCCCCCAGAACAGGAGCUCGAGCAGGGGGUUUGGGGCUGGCGGGGCCACCAGCAGCAGUUUCUCCCUUCCCUCCACCACUCACCUCCUCUUCUCUCCCUUCACCCCUCUCCGAGGGCCCCAUGGCAAGUUCAUCUCCCCUGGCCUCCGCGCCUCCACCCCCGGCCCCUCUGAGCACGCCCCCCGCCCCGCCAAGUGGGACCGCAGCCCUGCGGACAUCGCGGAGCAAGCCAAGCAUGAAGCUGAUAUCGAGCACCGCACUGCCUCUCUGAAGAGAGAGGGGUUCUGGUCUCUCAAGCGUCUUACCAAGGUGUCAGAACCGAGCCGGCCCAAGGUCCAGUGGGAUUACCUGUGUGAGGAGAUGCAGUGGCUGUCGGCUGACUUCGCCCAGGAGAGGAGGUGGAAGAGGGGUGUGGCCAGGAAGGUCGUGCGUAUGGUGAUACGUCACCAUGAGGAGUUGAGGCAGAAGGAGGAGAGAGGAAAGAGGGAGGAGCAAGCCAAACUGAGACGCAUCGCGGCAACCAUCGCCAAGGAGGUCCGGACCUUCUGGGCAAGCGUGGAGAAGGUGGUGCAAUUCAAGCAGCAGUCUCGCUUGGAGGAGAAGCGAAAAAAGGCCCUGGACCUGCAGCUGGAUUUCAUCGUGGGGCAGACUGAGAAGUACUCCGACUUGCUCAGCCAGUCUCUGAACGAGUCCACAAGGGCCUCAAGGGUCCACCAGGGGCCCUCCUUGAACAGGGCCUCCUCCUACCCCAGCUUGACCGCUUCCAGCCUGCCUCCCUCGGACUCCGUCACUGAGGAUGAGGACGGAGACUUCGAGCCCUGCGAGGAAGAGGAGGGGGAGGAAGACGACGAGGAGACCAUAGAGGUGGAGGAACGUCGGGAAGGCAAUGAUGCUGAGAGCCGGAGGAGGGAGCUGGAGCUUCUCAAACAGGAGGGGGCGCUGUCCUUGGAGGAACUACUGGAGAGCCUGCCCCAGGGGCUGCUGGAGGAGGUACAGACACCCCCAACUACCCCUCCACCCUCUCCUCCUAAUGACAAGGUGCAGAGACCCCCAAAUACCCCUCCAUACGCUGGCAAGGAGAAACCGCGCGGCCCCCCAGCCAGGAGUUUGGCACGUCCCCCCAGGGGAGAGGAAGAGGAGGAUGAGGAGUUCACAGCCAACGAAGAGGAAGGUGAGGAUGAGGAAGAUACAAUCGAGGCUCAGGAGAAGGUGGAAGGGGAGGCUGAUCACACUGCGGAGCUGGGUGAUCUCGUCCAGGAAGGUGAAAUGUCGAUUGAAGCUCUUCUAGAGAAGUACUCUGGUGCUUAUGCGGACGACUUCGAACUGCCCGUGUCGGAGGAGUCUUCUCGAGGGAGCUCUGAGGAAGAGGAUUCCUCCGGGAACGAUGACGAUGAAGAGGACGACGAAGAUCCCGAUGAUGAACACAGCCAGUCUUCGGACUCAACAGGAUCUGCGGAGAGCGAGUCCGAGGAAGAGGAGGGGGGAGAGGAGGAGGAGGAUGAGGAGGAGGAGGAGGGGGGUGACAUCAGCAUGGCCUUCCUCCUCAAACCAGACCACCCCCACUCGGAGCAGCCCCCCCAGCGGGGAGAGGGAGAGGUGGAGGGGCAGAGCAAGGCGGGUCCCCCCGCGCGCCCCAAAAAGGAAAUCACCGACAUCGCUGCCACAGCAGAGAGCCUGCAGCCCAAGGGUUACACCCUAGCCACUGCACAGGUGAAGACCCCCAUCCCGUUUCUCUUGCACGGUACCCUGCGGGAGUACCAGCACAUUGGGCUGGACUGGCUUGUCACCAUGUAUGAGAAGAAGCUCAACGGGAUACUGGCCGACGAGAUGGGACUGGGCAAGACCAUCCAGACCAUCUCCUUACUGGCGCACCUGGCCUGCGAGAAAGGUAACUGGGGUCCACAUCUCAUCAUUGUACCUACCAGUGUGAUUCUGAACUGGGAGAUGGAGUUCAAGCGCUGGUGUCCUGGCUUCAAGAUCCUCACUUACUACGGAGCACAGAAAGAGCGGAAACUCAAGAGACAGGGCUGGACAAAACCCAACGCUUUCCACGUGUGCAUCACGUCUUACAAGCUGGUGCUGCAGGACCACCAGGCCUUCCGUCGCAAGAACUGGAAGUAUUUGAUCCUGGAUGAGGCGCAGAACAUCAAGAACUUCAAAUCCCAGCGCUGGCAGAGCCUGCUGAACUUCAACAGCCAGCGUCGGUUGCUGUUGACAGGAACGCCCUUGCAGAACAGUCUGAUGGAGCUGUGGUCUCUGAUGCACUUUCUGAUGCCUCAUGUGUUCCAGUCGCACCGCGAGUUCAAGGAGUGGUUCAGCAACCCGCUCACCGGCAUGAUCGAGGGGAGCCAAGAGUACAACGAGAAUCUGAUCAAGAGGCUGCACAAGGUGCUACGCCCCUUCCUCCUGCGCAGGAUCAAGGUCGAUGUUGAGAAGCAGAUGCCCAAAAAAUAUGAGCACGUAAUCCACUGCCGGCUGUCCAAGAGACAGCGCUGCCUCUACGAUGACUUCAUGGCUCAGAGCUCGACGCGAGAGACUCUGGCCAGCGGUCACUUCAUGAGCGUGAUCAACAUCCUGAUGCAGCUUCGGAAGGUGUGUAACCACCCUGACCUGUUUGACCCCCGGCCGGUGCACUCCCCCUUCAUCACCAGCGGGAUCUGCUACACCACAGCCUCCCUGGCGCUCCAGGCCCUCCACAGGGACCCCUUCAAGCAGGUAGACCUCAGCAUGUUUGACCUGGUCUCUCUGGAGCCGCACGUCUCUCUCUACGAAGCCGACGUGUUUCUGCCGCGCAGGAAGGUGACCCGACAACUCAUCGAGGAGAUCAUGGAUUCCCCUGCCCCGCCUCCGCGCCCCAAACCCGUCAAGAUGAAGGUCAACAGGAUGUUCCAGCCCAUUCCGAAAUCAGACGGCCGUACCGUUGUUUUGGUGAACAGCCCUCGCCCCUCUGCAUCAGCCGCCCCCCCUGCCAGGACCGUCUCCAUGGAGACGGGGGUCCAGUCUGCGUUGGCUGCCCCCCCUCCCUCACUGAGAGCCCCCCACCUCUUCCAAACGAAUCAGAGCAUCGUGACCCCAAUACUGGCAGCACCCCUACCAGUCCCACGGCACGGCUCCUCUUCCCUUCUGCCAGUCCCGUCUCCGGUCCCUCCGACCGCGGUGAAACCCAGCUCGGCGGCCCCACCCCUGCCAGUGCUGGCUCUCCGGUCCCCUGUGGGCCAGGCAGCCCCCUCCUCCUCUUCCCCUUCCCCUUCCCCUUCCUCCUCUUCCUCCUCCUCCUCCCCCCCCUCCACUUCACUCAGCACAGCAGCUGUGAUGAAAACAGUCUGUCUCCCUGUUGCUAAUGCCUCUGGCCAACCAGCCAGCUCCUCUCCAGCACUGACCGGCUACGCCGUGCCAGCGUCCGGCGGAACGGUCACUCAAAGGGUCAUCCUCUCUCCGGACAUGCAAGCACGCUUGCCCUGUGAGGUGGUCAGUAUUGCCCAGCUGGCCUCUCUGGCCAGUCGGCCGGUUCAAACGGCUCAGGGCAGCAAGCCGGUCACUUUUCAAAUCCAGGGGAAUAAGCUGACUCUGUCCGGAGCACAAUUGCACCAGGUCAGCCUGACCGCACAACAGAGACCGGGACCUGCAGGUAAUGUAGUUCACCUGGUCUCCACCGGAGGGCAGCACCACCUGAUCAGCCAGCCCACACAGGUGGCCCUGAUCCAGGCUAUCAACCAGCAAGGCUGCAGCCAGCCGCAGCAGCCAGGGCCAGCAGGGGGCCCCAGCGUGACACCCACAACCGUCCCGGUGCCCAUCUCCAGCACACAAGUACCCUCUUCAGUCGUUACCAGCUCAGGGAUUGUGAAAAUCGUUGUUCGCCACGCUCCCAAAGAAGGGGUCCCCACCCUGGCUGUCCAGCCUUCACCUCGCGCCCCUCCGAACCCCGCAACGGGGAUCCCGGGACAGGGGAACCCCAAAAUUCAAGCGCAGGGGUUCCUCAGAGCCACCAGCGCAGUCCCGCAAUCUGCAACGACAACAAACUCUGCCAAUGUGAUCAGAACAGGGCUGCCUGUGUCGGUCUCCGCACAGCUGGUCAACACUGACUCCAUGAGGCAGACCCUGCCUCCUUCUAUACAGACAAUCCGGACAUCGCUGGCUCCCAUCCGGGCCAGUUUAACCAGUGUGACCAGUACCAGUUCCAGGGCCCCCGCGGUGGCUGGGAUGUUAGCCCAGGCACAGCUGUUGAAUCCUGGGCAGCAGCAGCUGCACUCUUCGGCUGCUGUGACGAGCUACCCACACCCUCACCCCCCAGGCUCCAGCGCCACCGUGCCCCCUGUCAGAGCCCCCCUCCUCAGGGUGCUGCAGAGCAGUGUGGGAGGAGCUGAGCAAGCGGUUCGUCUGGGAUCGUUGUCAGUGCGAGAGGAGGGGGGCACUGAAGUCAUCACCCUGCGCUCUCUCGCACCCCCCUCCUGCCCUCCCCCACCGCCCCCCUCCCUCGCAGUGCACAGGCCCCGCCCCCAGCCACCCCCCCCUCCGCGCUCCCCAUUCUACAUGCCCUGCCUGGAUAAGCGUAAGCAGUUCCAGCGUGCUUCCAGACUCGACCGGCUCUUCCAGCUCAAUGAGAGGCACUGCGCAGCCCGGCCGGUCUACGGGGCGGAGCUGCUGGGGCUCUGCUCUCUCAUGGGCCGCAGCGCCGUGGCCCCGCCUCCCGCGGGGGAGUGGCAGGGUUCCGGAUACGCCCACUGCCUGAAUGCUGUCCAGUCACUGGCCAGCUGGGGUCGUACCCGCCCACUGACAGAAGCCAUUCGCAACCCAGUGCAGAGGAUUGAGGAGCUUGCUGAGAUCAUAAACAGGUUUAUCUUUGUGAUCCCCCCAGUGGAAGCCCCUGCUAUCACCAUGCACACCUCGCACCCUCCCCCUUCCCUGCUGCAGCAAGAGGUUGCGUUCAGAGAGAGGCUGAGGGCUGAGCUGCUACCCAGCUCCGCCUGCCUGCACAGAGUGGUCUGCAACAUGAGGACUCAGUUUCCAGAUCUCCGUCUCAUUCAGUAUGACUGUGGCAAGCUUCAGACCCUGCACACGCUGCUGCGUCAGCUGAAGUGUGGGGGUCACAGGGUCCUCAUAUUCACACAGAUGACCCGCAUGCUGGACGUGCUGGAGCAGUUCCUCAACUACCACGGACACAUCUACCUGAGGCUUGAUGGGACUACCAAGGUGGAGCAGAGACAGUCCCUGAUGGAGCGUUUCAAUGCAGACCGGCGAAUCUUCUGCUUCAUCCUGUCGACGCGCAGCGGGGGGGUGGGGGUCAAUCUGACGGGGGCCGACACGGUGGUGUUCUACGACAGUGACUGGAACCCCACCAUGGACGCCCAGGCACAGGAUCGGUGCCACCGCAUCGGCCAGACUAGAGACGUGCACAUAUACCGCCUGAUCAGCGAGCGCACAGUGGAGGAAAACAUCCUGAAGAAAGCCAACCAGAAGAGGAUGCUCGGAGACAUGGCCAUCGAGGGAGGCAAUUUCACCACUGCCUUUUUCAAAGAGCAAACAAUCCGUGAGCUGUUUGAUUUGACGGAAGGGGAGAGGAGAGAGGCGGAGCAGCAGAUGCAAGGCGUGUCUAAACCCGAGGAAGAGGACUGUGUGAACUCAAAACACACCUCCAUUCUGGAGCAGGCUCUGUGUAAAGCUGAGGAUGAGGAGGAUAUCCGAGCUGCGUCGCAGGCGAAGGCAGAGCAGGUGGCGGAGCUGGCGGAAUUCAACGAGAACAUCCCGUUGGAGGAGGGGGGUGAGGGGGCGGGGCGAGACGAAGACGAGGAGCUGUCCAGGGCAGAGCAGGAGAUCGCCGCCCUGGUGGACCAGCUCACUCCAAUUGAGAGGUACGCUAUGAAUUACCUGGAAGCUACUUUGGAGGACGUCUGCAAGGAGGAGCUGAAACAGGCUGAGGAGCAGGUAGAAGCUGCCAGAAAAGAUCUGGACCAAGCUAAGGAGGAGGUGCUGUGCCUGGCCCCCAGCGAGGAGGACGAAGCCCCCCCAGAGGAGACCCCUAACCGUCGGGGGAGGAAGCCGAAAGAACGGGGGGCCGGCGCCAGCACCAGAGUGAGCGAGAGACUUCGGGGUCCCCGCGCCCCGGCAAGACCGGAGACCCCAACAGAGACGCAACCGUCUGCGCCAAACCCGGAGACGCUGCCCACCGCUCCCGAGGAGACGGAAGGAACGGAGAGAUCGCCCGACGAGGGCAGAGCCGGCGUUUGCAGAGACGAGGAAGAGGAGGAGGAGGAGGAAGAGGAGGAGCGCGCGUCCGUGCAGGAAGACGAAAAGGAGUCUAGCGAUGAAGAGUCGCCCUCAGCGCUGCUACAAGACCAACCUGGGCCAGAGUCGCCUCGCCCGGACGCGAGCGGCGUUGAAUCGAAUGGCGCCGAGCCGCUGGAGAGAGAGGCGCUGGGAUCGGAUACCGCUGCGGGCAAAGAGGAAGUGAGCUCAGACGGACAGGAACCAGGUUCAUCUGCAUCGGAAGACAGCGCUGAGUCCGCAGACAACACCAGCAGCAGCAGAGAGCUGGAGUCUGACUCUCCCGUUGAUGAAGACACGCGGCAAGAAUUGGCUGAGCUUGCGAGCAAAGACGGACCCAGCCUUUCCACGGCGAGCUCCGCCAGGGAACCCCUGUCCUCCUGCCGCGCUGACGAGGUCAAAGCUAAGGAACCGGAGCCUCCUGCCCCCUUUCGAAAAGACCAAAGGGAUCCUGCUUCGCGCAGAGACCGGGGGCCGGCAGCAGACCCACCAGAGGCAAGCGCCGGGAUCGGAGACCGGAAAGCAGGUUUCACGGGCAGCCCGCCGACGGAACGAAACCCGAAAGAAACAGAAAGGAAAGCCGUAGAGGAGCCUGAAGACACGGAGAAGGAAGGAAAGCCUGCCGACGAAGCGUCUUCGGGGGCUGAAGUGUCUGCUGUUUCUGUUAAAGAGACGGUGGAGCCUGAAAAGAUGACUUCAGCCAGUUGCCAGCCUGCAACAACAGCGCAGGAGGAAGAGAAGGAAUUUCUAGCGGCGCAAGACGAGUCCGGUCACGCUGUUGAAGACGGUCCUGCCCCUGCUGAUUCUGUGCGCUCUGUUCCCGGUGUCGCGUCUGCCGCUGGGCAAUCGGAUCGCGAUCCAGGACCGGAUUGGAGGCGCGAGGUCUCCUCGCCCGGCGACGUUUCGAAGCCGGGGCUAACGACUGCUGAGGAGAGGCCCGGCGAUGAGGAGAACGAAACCGGGAGGGCAGAGAAGAUGGACGGCGGACUUGAGCUCGCGGUGGGAGAGCGUGAGCUGUGCGGUGCGGCCGUUUCUCUCCCCGGGCUUUCCAACUCCCAGAUCAACGAAGAGGAGGCAGCCCAGGGGGGUAACGUCAAAGAGCCGCUGGAGAGAGUCGCGGAGGCCGGUCCCCUCCAAAACGACGAGAACCCCGAAAGCGUCCCGCUGCUCGCCAGAGACCCCGCCGCCCGGAAUCCUCCCCUCCCAGACAGAAUCUGCAACGACGAAACCAGUUCCCAUUCCCUCAUCCCGGACCUGUCCAAACGCGCUGAGCCACUGCUGACAGAAGCUGUUCCCCAGGCCCUUCUAGAGCGUUUUGGGGAGGAGGGGUCAGUCGUCGGAAAUUCGUACCCCGCUCCGUCGCCGCCUCCUCCUCCUCAUUGCGAGGAAACUGAAAGAGCGCUGGACUUCCGUCGCGCUUCUCCUCCUCCUCCUCAAACGGACAAAGAAGACCCCGAUCCUGGGGUUAAACCGACGCGGCAGGUCGAAAAACCCCUCCUGGAACCCAGCCUAGACGGCGGAGCCGUGCCCGACACCGCGGUCAGAUUGGGGACUGGAGCUCCAGAUCUGCAGACCACCUCGGUAGUGCCUUGUGAGAAAGCUUAUCAAGUUUCUCCUGCGGAAGUUGCAGCCGCUUGCCCAGAAACGCUGGCAGAAAAACUCGCCUCGCCCCUCUCUGUUGGCUCUCUGCCCACCUCUCUAGCGAAGCAUUCAUCCGGCUCCACUACAGACCCCAGAAAAGAAACCAAAGAAAGGUGUUCGGCCACAGCUGAUCCGGAUUCCUUGAGACCCGACGAGCCCCCCAUAAAGGAAACGGUGGAACCUUCUGUACAGGAGGUGAUAGAGCCAGAACCAGGGAAUCCGGUAACCAAGUCUUCAGAAUCGCUAGCCGUCAAAUCAGCAGCAGCAUCCAAGCCUAACCCUAAACUGCAUUUGCCGAUAGAGGUGAACUACUACAAGCUGGACUCUGAGAAAGUGAAGGGACUGCAGGAGGCGGUGACGAGGGCCAAAGAGCACGUGCUGGUGCGCAGUGAAAACGCAGACGGCCAGGAGAGUGCGACGGGUUUGCCGCAGCACCAAAAAUCCACCGACGCGACCACAAAGACGCCGAAACAACACGAGUCCCAAAGCUUGGGAUCAAGAACCACCAUCGACAGCAACAGUGGCGGCGUGGAUUUCCACAGCGAGCUCCCGGAGGUUUCCGAGGAAGCGAAGGCUGUGUCUUUGCCGUCUUCUCUGGACUCCGAGAGCGCGGCGGCAGAGGGUCCGACGGAUAAGCUGUCCUCUCCCGGGUCGCCGCAGGGCUGCCCUUCGGUCAAAUCUCCGAGGAGGAGGCUGACCGCCGACAACGAGAUCCUGAACAGCAUGAAAGAGGACUCCCCAACCGCCAAAGUGCUGAGAAAGCUUCCCGGACGACUGAUCACCAUCGUGGAGGAGAAGGAACUGAAGAGGAGGAAGCGAGCCGGAGGGCCCCGAAAAGAGGGAGGGGGAGAGGAGCCCGAUGUGUCCCCGCCGCCCACAUCCCGGUCCCCUUCGAACAACCGGGAAGCCGGCACCGCGUCCAGUAUUACUAACAACGUUAAUGCUUUCAGCAGCCACUCGGAUUCAGAGUCCACGGCCACCUCUCUGGGCAGCCCCAGCAGAGACGUCAAAGACAUGCCUGUGCUGAGGAACCUCCCGGAGCGACGCAGAAUGGAAACGGAGUCCAGGAUGGCGGCCCAACUGGGGGAGAAACCGGGGGGGCGCCUGGGCAGGAAAAGAAAGGUUUUGGCCAGUCCCGAAAGAGGAGGAGGGGCGAGGUCCUCUGAAAACGAGGGCAGCCCGUCUCCCAGAAGGCCGGACCUCUCCCCACCCAAACGGGGGACCGCCAACGACGAUUCCCCCCCCAAACGCAAAAGGGGCAGACCACCCAAGACCCCUCCCAGGAUCCAGAUCUCAGAUGAACCCUGCUCCCCCCCACAGCCCGCCGACAGCAAGUCCAGCCCUCGGGACCCCGGUUUGCUUGGGACCCCCGAAGAAGGCGAUGGUGCAUCUCCCAAUCGGGAAGGGGGGUUCGAAAGAGCGUCUCCGUCUACCAAACGCAAGCGCGGGAGACCCCCGAAGUAUCCGAGACCCGCGGUUGAGACCGCAGACUCCCCCCCUCCUGUUCACGAGGAGAGAGAGGGGAUUGAGGAGGUGGGGUCUGUCCGAUCCAAACCCAAGAGUGACGAAGCAGCAGCAGAGAUGGGAGGGGAGGUGGGCAGGAGGAAGAGGCAACAAGAUAAGGCAGGUGAAGACAGAGAGGACAAAAAGAAGGUCGACGGAAGCGAGUCAGAGAAUGAGGAGGGGGAGGAUGGGAGAGGAGAGAAAAAAGAUGCCGAAGCUGACCGAGGGUCCGAGAAAGAGAGACAGAGAGAGUCCUUUGGCAGAGAGGACGGAGACGAGAAAGGCGGAAGGAGGGAAAACUCCGAUAAAGACGAGGGCAAAGGCAGGAGUACCGGCUCCACGGCGCUGGUGGAAGAAGAUUCGGAAGCGUGCGGGCGCCCCUUGCUCAAAAACAAGGCGCGGCCCGGUCAGCAGAAGACGGGGCGCAAGAGAACCUCCGGAAACGACGAUGCCAAGGACCGCGGCUCCGAGGGGGAGAGAGAGGGAGCGGAAAGGGAGGGCUCGGAUGAGGGCAGCGGCCACGCGAGCGCGGGAGUGACGUCCCAGCCCCCCGAAGCAGCAACUGUGGAGUGCAAACGCGGCAGAGCUCGGAAGAGAAGGACCACCGGUGAGCCCGCCGCGAGCGGCAGUCGCAGGUCCACCAGAUCCAGCCAAGGAUCCGGGGGCAAGUCAUCGGGUGGCGGUGGUGGUUGUUCUUCUUCUUCCGGGUCUUCGGAUGAGGAGAGGAGGAGCUCCUGUUCCGUGGCCAAGAACAAAGACAGGCCGAGGAAGAGGCGGAAAGCCUCGGGAUGCGUGUCUGAACAGAAGCCGGAAAAGACGUCCUCGAAAUCCCAGAGAUCAACCAGGAGGAGAAGGGAGUCUGGAUCCUCCCAUAGCCGGGAUUCGAGAUCAGAGGAAAGCAGCGAGGAGGAGGGGGGAGGAGGAGACACCAAACGGUUGACCAGAGCCGCCAAACUGAGGCUGGACAGCGACGGUCAGCGACUGCCGGGGAAAAAGGCGACCCCUUCGGUGUGCGCCACUACGACGACCGGAGACUCGGGCAGCGAGGCUUCCGUCAGGCUGACCAGGAGGAAGGGCAGCGUCGGCGGUCCCAACACGGACAGCGAGCGCUCCGGACGCGACGGCAAAAAGCACGCCGCUGCCUCUAGGAGGCGCCGUUCGUCCAGGAUGGCGGAAGAAGACUACGGCGACGAAGACGACUCUUCCUGCAGCCACCGUCGCAACAGAACUCCUUCCUGCUCUUCCUCCACCACCGUAGGCUCCCAGCUCCCCAAGAAACGCUCUUCCGCCCUGAACGCUGCUGCCAAGCUUCUGGCCAUGAGAGGUCGUGGAGGAGGAGGAGGAGGAGGCUGGGGGGCGAGGGAAACUGGAAGAGGAGGAGGAGGGAGGAGGACGACGAGAGACCGGGACAGUUCUUCGGUGGACAGCUCCGCCUCGGAGCUCCGAUCGCCAAACUGGCACAAGAAAACCCCGACAGGCAAACUCGGAAACAGGAAGCUUCCCCCGGAGACUCCGCCAGAGUCGCGGUCUAAUGCCAGGUCCACCAGGCAGAGACCGGGGAGUCUGGUGCCCCCACUGGAAAACGAGAAGCGGGUUCCCAGGGGCAAGCCGGACGCAACCAGCAACAGCCGGAGCAGGAGCAGGAGCGGGAGCGGGAGCCGUUCCAGGAGGCCGCAUUCGGGGAGAGUCUCGGAAGACUCUCGUUCCUCCAGCGAGGAAGAGGAACGGCCUCGCCCCAAGAGAAAGGGCUCCGACCGCCGCGGGCCGGACUCCGACGGGAACUCGUCCUCCGGGACGGGAAGAGGGAAGAGGCUCCGCUCGGACCCCAAGGGCCUCAGGACUCCCAGAGCAGGGGCCCGCAGCGAGGAGGGGACCCCGGACAGGUUGCUGCGGAGCGUGGCGGCUGCACAGGCCAGCACGCCAGCCAGCAACACCCGCUCCUGCGUGGCCCCGUCGCCCACGCUGAGCUGCAGCAGCAAUCGAAGCCGGAAGUCAAAGACAUGAUGGAGGAGGGAGGGAGGGAGGGGUUUCUGUCGAUGUCAGCGAUGCUCCGAGAGUGGGGAGGGGAGGGGUCCCACAAGUCCUGCACUGCUGAGCAUUUGUCGACCCAUGAUUUGACUUUUCUAAUGAAUUGUAGUCCAAAGAUAUUGGAUGGCAACCGCGGACUGUGAAACCAGCCAGGAAGGGUUAGUUGUUGGGCUUCCCCGAUCUCGAUUUUUUUUUUUUUUUUUUAAAUAAGAUUUCUGAUUUGGUUAAACAGAAGACUGGGUUGCUGGACAGGUAUAAUCUUUUCCCCUCCCUCCCUCCCUUCCUUCCCACCACCUGUGAACUUUUGGUGUUUGUGUUUUUUGUUUUUUUUUGUAAGAUACCUAGACCUCGCAGUUAAUUCGUGGUUUUUGUACGUAUGGAUUUGGGUUUCGCGGUGUUCGGUUCCUCUUGCGUCGCCCAUAAGCAGAACAGGAGAAGAUUCCGAUCUGGGUUUAAAUUAAUUAAAUUACUAGUGUGGUGUUUUUUCUAAAAAAAAAAAUGUUUAAAUAAAAAAAAAAAAAAACGACAACAACCACACAAAG